AUGAUGCUUCCUUCCAAGUAUCCGUUCACAAACUAUUGGAAUAUCUUAUCCUUCCUCUUUGCUGUUCGAGAGGUCAAUCAGAGCCCUGGGCUCCUCCCCAACCUCUCCCUGGGCUACAGUGUUCAUGACAACUUUUAUGAGGCAAGGUUGACUUCGGACGCCCUUGUGGACCUGCUUUCUCCGGGGCAGGCAUAUGUGCCCAACUACAGCUGUGGGAGGAAGACUUUCCCUCUGGCUGUUCUCGAGGGAGCUGACUCAGACUUCUCCAGGCAGAUUGCAGCCAUGCUGGCCAUCUACAAAACACCACAGGUCAGCCAUUCAUUUGUUUCUCAUGCCUUGAAUGAUAAGACUCAGUUCCCCUUCUCCUACCCGAUGGUCCCCAAAGAACCAACCCAGUACCAGGGGAUCACCCGGCUGCUCCUGCAUUUCCGGUGGACACUGUUAGCUGAGGAAGCAUUUCAGUGCUCUUCAAAGCAGGCCUUAACUGUGAAAGGCCGGACAAGAUGCAGGGAGAGGGAGGAUUGGGGUGCACUUUCACAUAAAGAGGUGGAGAGAAUCCUGUCUCUGGACAUCCACGUCAUUCGCAAAGGUGUCCUGGCCAUGGCCCGGGCCCUGGAUGCUGCUGCUUCAUCCCAAUCUGGGAGGAGGGACAAGGAACAUGGAGACAGGCUACGCAUUUGGAGGCUGCAGCCCUGGCAGCUUCACCCUUUCCUGAGGGACCCCCGGUUUUAUAAUUCUUCCCUCAUUGACGGCAUGCACUGGGGCAAGAACGGGGAGCUGGUCGCGGACUUGGACAUUGUGCACUGGGUGGUGUUUCGCAAUAUCACUGUGCUUAGACGGAAAAUUGGGAGCUUGGAAAGACGGGGAGCAGGAGACCUCACAGUCACCAUCGACGAGGAUGCUGCUGAGUGGCCCAAACGGAUCAAAAAGCCUCUGCCCCACUCCAGGUGUGUGGAGAGCUGCCGCCCAGGAUCCGUCAAGGUGGUUCAGGAAGGAGAGCCCCCCUGCUGCUAUGCCUGUGCCCCCUGCCCAGAAAGGUCUUUCUCUGCCGUGGAAGAUGCUGAGCGGUGCAGCAGGUGCCCAGAAGAUCAGCACCCAAACAAGGACCAAGAUGGAUGCAUCCCCAAGGACAUCACAUUCCUAACCUACAAUGAACUUCUGGGGAUCACCCUGGCUUGCUUUGCCCUAUUCUUAUCCCUCACCACAGGACUCGUGCUGGGACUCUUCAUUAAAUUCCUCAAAACCCCAAUCGUCAAGGCCAACAACCGGGACCUCUCCUACAUCCUCCUCAUCUCCCUCCUGCUCUCCUUCUUGUCCUCCUUCCUCUUCAUCGGCCAGCCAAAGGAAGUGAUCUGCCUCCUCCGACAAAUGGCCUUCAGCAUUAUCUUCUCAGUGGCCAUCUCUUCUCUCUUGGCCAAAACAAUCACUGUGGUGCUGGCCUUCCUGGCCACCAAGCCAGGCAACAGGGUGAGAGGAUGGCUGGGGAAGAGCUUGGCCAGCUCCAUUGUAAUCUCCUGUUCCAGUGUCCAGGUUCUCCUCUGCACCAUCUGGCUGGCCACCUCGCCACCCUUCCCUGACUCAGACAUGCACUCCCAGGAUGACCAGAUUAUCCUGCAGUGCAAUGAAGGCUCUGUGGCCAUGUUCUACGCUGCCCUCGGCUAUAUGGGCUUCUUGGCUGCCGUCUGCUUCACGGUGGCCUUCCUGGCCAGGAAGCUGCCUGGGGCCUUCAACGAGGCCAAGCUGAUCACCUUCAGCAUGCUGGUCUUCUGCAGCGUGUGGGUCUCCUUCGUGCCCACCUACCUCAGCACCAAGGGCAAGUACAUGGUGGCCGUGCAGGUCUUCUCCAUCUUGGCUUCCGGUGCUGGGCUGCUGGGCUGCAUCUUCCUCCCCAAAUGCUACAUUAUCCUCCUGCGGCCUGAACUGAAUAUGAAGGAACAUCUGACAGCAAAAGCAAAGCAGGACAUGUGA